UCAAUGGAUUCAAAAAAAUUUCAAAAAACAAUUUGCAAUGGCAGUGGAGAAAAAUCAGGAGAAAUCAAAUUGUCCAAAAUUGGAUGAACAGAAUGUAAAAGUGUCAGAAACAACGAAACUAAAAACAGUGAAGAUUUAUCGAUGGAAUCCCGACAAUCCAACGAAGAAACCUCACAUUCAAGAAUAUAAAAUCGAUUUAAAUAAAUGUGGAACAAUGGUUCUUGAUGUUUUGCAAACAAUAAAGGAACAAGACACAACAUUGGCAUUUAGAAGAUCGUGUCGCGAGGGAAUUUGCGGAAGUUGUUCAAUGAACAUUAACGGCGUCAAUACACUCGCUUGCAUCACAAAAAUUAACGAGGACGUAACGAAACCUUUAAUUAUUUAUCCCCUGCCGCACACGUACGUGAUUCGCGAUUUGGUGCCCGACAUGACGAGAUUUUUGGAACAGUACAAAAGUAUUGAGCCCCAAUUAAAAAGACCCGGCGAGGAAACUUAUGUCGGCGAGAGGCAAAUUUUACAAACGCAAAAGGAGAGAGAAAAACUCGAUGGACUCUACGAAUGUAUAUUGUGCGGUUGUUGUUCGUUCGCUUGUCCCCCGUAUUGGUGGCACGAGGAUAAAUAUUUGGGGCCCGCAGUUUUAUUACAGGCCUACCGAUGGAUAAUGGACUCACGAGAUUUGUGUCACGAGCAACGUUUGAAGAAUUUACGUGACUAUUUCUCCGUGUUUCGAUGUCACACAAUUUUCAAUUGCACAAAAACGUGUCCAAAAGGUCUAAAUCCAGGAAAAGCUGUGGCGCACAUAAAAAUGUACUUGGCAGGAUUGAAGAAGAAACCGCCGCCGGAAAUCGAGAGUCCACUGCCAAAUCCCUGUGCACCAAUUUCGCGCUAAUAAAAAUGACGCUUUAUUCAAAUUCUCUUCUGUAAACAAAAAAGAAACCUUGAAAAAAAUAAAAAUUUUCAUAUUAAA